AUGUCUUCAAGGUCACCAAUUACUUGCCAUAUUCUAGACACCACGUGUGGCAAACCCGCCGAAAAUGUUAAGUGUGAGAUAAGCUAUAUACCCUCAAAUGGUAUUACAUCACCAUCAGAAGUGAAACCAUUUGGUUAUGCGUAUACGAAUCAGGAUGGAAGAAUUGGAUCUUGGAAUGCUGCAAAUAGUACAGAGACUUUCAUUAAUGCCGAAAAUAAUCAAUGGACUAAAUUAGUUAGUGGAACUUAUCGAAUUAGGUAUCACACCAAGGACUACUUUUUGAAAAGAGAUGGAACGACAUUUUUCCCCUUUAUAGAUAUAUGGUUUGAAGUCCCUGCUAUCCCAGAGAAGCAUUAUCAUGUACCAUUGCUAUUGAGCAAUUAUGGUUAUUCUACAUACAGAGGUUCAUGA